CAGUUACCCGUUGGUCACCGUGGAGGGAGGACGUAUGCACUCGCCCCCUCCCGCUCCGAGCUGACUUACUUGCCUGCCUCGCUCCGCUCCUCGCGUUCGCCGCCGAGGAAGCCGCACGCGACGCUGCCCUCCCGAUAAGGACUUUCUGGGAACUUUACGGCUUUGUUAGUGAAGUUAAAGUGCUUGGAAGUAAAGGGAAAUAAAGGAAAGUGAAGGAAGAGAUCUUAGUGCUGUCGUAAAUGGUGAAAUUGAAGCUCUGAGUGAAUGAAAAGAGAGAGAAAAAGGUAAUCAUACAACACCGUGAUAUUUUGGUGAGUAGUCGUGUGUGCGUGAGUUCGUGCACGUGUUGUAGCCUUCUAAAGUGGACAGGAAAAAAAGGGUGCCAAGAAAUAUAUACCACUGAGAAGUAUACACCACUCAAGGCAGCGUGGCACAUGAGUAUCGCCUGGAGAAGGGUAACAUGUGGGGGCAGGCAGCGUGACGAGCGUGUCUACUGACCUCCUGCCUCUGUCUGUACCUCCUGCGCCACCUUCCCUGGGCACACCUGUCUCGCGGCCUAAUGACAUGAGGCGUAGGUGAGAUACGCCUCCGGGGGCCUCCUGAGAAAACAGGGAAAACUGUGUGUGUGUGCGUGUGUGCGAUAAAUAGAUAAGCAACAGAUAUAAACUUGAAGGCAUGGCGAGGAGGCCGCGGGUGGAGAAGGAGGAGGAGGAGGAGGAGGAUGUGGAGUGUAGUGGAGGUACAGGAUUCACGUUACCAGUCCAAUGUCACCACCACGCCAGCAGGGUAGUGGUGGUGGUGACGGUGGCGACUAUGAUGGUGAUGCAGGCCGCCACUCAAGCCUCCGCCGCCGCCACUAUCACCGCAGCCAUGCAGCACGGACUCGAAGAAAGCACUGAGGCUGAAGAGAGUCCCCUCUCAGUGGUGUUCGCGGUGGAGGGCGGCCGCGUGCUGCUACCCUGUGAUGUGUCCCCGCCCGUGCCUACCGACUCCACCAUCCUCGUCCUGUUCUACCACGGCGCUACGGGGACACCCAUCUACAGCAUCGACGGGCGGAGUGGCCUGAUCGAGGGCGGGCGGCACUGGCAGGACAAGAACAUGCUGGGUACUCGCGCUUACUUCGACAUGGCCUCUGAGCCGCCCGGUCUGGUGCUGCAGCCCGUCAAUGCCUCCGACCACGCCGAGUACCGAUGCCGGGUAGACUUCCGCUCCUCCCCCACCAGGAAUGUGCGCGUGCAGCUUGAAGUGAUAGUGCCGCCCAAGAAGAUCCGCAUUCUGAACGAGGAGGGCCUGGAAGUGAGCGGCGUGAUCGGUCCCUACCCACUCGGCGCCUCCCUCACCCUCAUCUGCCAGGUGGACACAGGUCGGCCCCGCCCCACACUGUCCUGGUUCUUUGAGGAGAAGCUGCUGGACGACGCGGUGGAGGUGCGGCGCGGGAAGGUCACCAGCAACACCCUUCACCUGCCCUCGCUUGACCGGAAUUACUUGUACCGAGUCCUCACCUGCCAAGCCUCCAACUCCAACCUGUCUGUGCCUGUCGCCGCUACCGUCACUUUGGAUAUGAGCUUCCCGCCGCUGGACGUGAGGAUCAUGGGGACGCGCGCCAGUCUAGCAGAGGGGCAGCGGUACGCCAUCGUGUGUGAGUCCUCAGGAUCCCGGCCCUCCGCGACUAUUACCUGGUGGAAGAACGGCAUGAUGAUGACUGACACCAAGAAUCAGAUUUUCAACGAAGGUAACGUGAGCCGCUCCACUCUCUACCUUACGCCGAGUUUGGCCGACGAUAAUGUGUACGUGUCAUGCCGCGCCAAGAACCCUCUGGUGCCUAACGCGGUGCUUGAGGACUCCAGGAAGCUAAACGUGCACUACACGCCGCGGCUGUCCCUGGCGGCGGGGCUCAACCUGGACAUGGAGGACAUCAAAGAAGGAGACGAUGUGUACUUCGAGUGUGGAAUUAAAGCCAAUCCACCAGUGUUCAAAGUGCAGUGGUUCCAUAACGGCGAGGAGCUGAACCACAACGUGUCGGCGGGUUUGAUCCAGAGCAACCAGAGCCUCGUGCUGCAGCAGGUGACGCGGCGCUCCUCUGGCCAGUACACAUGUUCCGCCACCAACCUCCAUGGCAUCGGCAGCUCCAACGCAGUGCAGCUCAGCGUCAAGUUCGCCCCCACGUGCCGGCCCGCUCAGAAGAUAGUGUAUGGAGUCGGAAAACACGAAGAGCUCAACGUUACCUGCAGUGUUGAAGCGCAUCCAGAGCCGGCUUCCUUCAGGUGGGCGUUCAACAGUUCUUCAGAGGUGGUGGACAUUCCCUCUACCAAGUUCUGGGUGGUGGGUAACGGUAAGAGUCAAGCCUCGUACACUCCCCGCACGCACCUUGACUACGGCUCGCUGUUGUGCUGGGCUAACAAUGAGGUGGGAAGACAGCAGGAACCUUGCAUCUACCACAUCAUCCACGCCUCCACCCCGGAGCCCGUCAACAACUGCACAGUACAGAAUGUGAGCUCGACCAGCGCCUCGGUGCGGUGUCAAGCGGGCUGGGAUGGAGGCCUCGCGCAAACCUUUACCCUCUCCGUCACACCUGCCCGUGCCUCCGCCCCGAACUCCGGCACCAGGGACGACGAGGGCAAGAAGGAAGCCGCGCCAAGGGUCCUCGCCAACACCUCCACCUCUCCGAAGCCUGAGUUCUACCUGACGGGGCUGGAGCCUGGGACCAAGUACGUGCUGACGAUCAUGGGCGUGAACAAGAAGGGCGAGAGUGAGCCAAUGCGUCUGGCCAUCUUUACUCUGAAGGACGUGGCUGAGAAGAGGACCAGCCCAGGUACGGGCUUGCUGGCCUUCACGCCCAUCCUAGCUGUGCUGCUGGGCGUGGUGGUGUCUCUCAUCCUCAUGGCGCUGGUCAUCGCCCUAGUGGUCAGGUCACGGCGGCCGAGGGACAACCGGAAGCAGGAGGUCAAGAUGGUUUACGACAAGGGCGCGUCUGGGUCAACCACUGCACCGCUGAGAGGAGCCACGGCCGCUGAUGAUGAGGACCUCUCAUCGACCGCUGGCGCUACAGCUAACGAGGACUCCAACCCCGACGUGAUCCCCGUGAACGAUGACCACCAGGUGAAGGAGCUACAGACGCACACAUACACCGCCGAGACUUUGCCUAUGACAGAAAUCCACCAGCGCCACCAGCAGCUGCAGAAAUCUCCGCCCACCUCCCCAGCAUCCAGCCAGCUCAUGUCCAGCCCGCAGCAGCAACAACAGCAGCUGGCAGGGACGGCAGAGUACUUACAGGGUCACGAUGGAUCCUUCUACAUCAACCCUGGGAAUCUGAUGCGGCAGAAGGGUAUGUCGGUGGUGCCGCGUGAGGGAGGAGACCCCGGGACGCUGCUUCACAUGGGGCGUCCUCUGGCAGCCUCCUCGCCCGCAGCCCGCGCCGCCCCGCCCACACUAGGCAUGUUGAGCAGCAGCAGCAGCGGCACGGCCACCCCAGAGGGCGCAGCGACACCCCUACUGGACCACCCUCGCAAGGCCGCAAGAGGCAGUCUCCGGGACGACCCCCGCGAGGCCCCGAUAAGAUCACUACCGCUCGAAAGCUUCCUACGAGAUUCCCCCAGCAGCUCAAAGUUAAGCACCUCCAAGAUCAGUGCCUCGAGCAGCUUCCGGAUGCCUCGCUCAAAGAGCCCCUCAGAGACCUGCAGGAGUGUUUCCGGCAGCUUGAAGAACGGAGACCCAAGGAGGAGUCCCACGAGGACACAUCUCAGUCCCUCAAGAAGCUUCAAGCUGGAACUUCCCGAGAGCGCCAAACAGGCUCUCAGCGCUCACAGGAGGGAGGGGCCCGGCAGUUUCAAGGGAGAACUGUCAGUGCGCUCCAAGUUAGAGGUGCCGGAACCAGUGCGACGCAAUUCCAUCGGCAGCAUCGGGCCAGGGAUGCCGGAGGGCCUGAUAGAGAUCCUGACGAAGGAACAGUCAAAGUGCCGUCGACGGGAAUCCCUGGAGGUCCCGAGCCUCUUCAGCAAAGAUCGCACGGGCGCCCUAAGACGAGGCUCCAUCGGCAGCUUCGGGAUCAUCACUCCAGAGAACGUGAGGAAAUCCUCUCUGGGAAGCUGCAAGGUUCACUCCACACAGAGAAGUCCCUCCGGAAGUCUGAGAAGCCCCAGCAAGAGCAGCAGGAAGGACUCACUCGGCAGCCUGGCAGGGGACUCUCCAAGGAAGAGCCCCUCAGACAAUUACAAGAACGAUUUCGGGAAUUGCAAGCUUCACACGCCAAAGCGAAGCCCUUCCGAGGGAUUUCAGAGAGAGGUCAAGGGAAGCCUCAAACUGGAGCCCCCGACCAAGAGCUCGUCCUUCUGCUUCCAGAGGGAGACAGCGCGCAGCUUGAAGAUAGACCCAAGCAGGAAUGUGGCGGAACUAAUCCAAAGAGAAUUUUCGAGGAGCCUCAAGGUGGAGUCCUCGAGGAGGAGUCCCUCGGGUGGUCAUCAAAGAGAGUCACCGAGUGCGAGGAAGAGUCCCUCUGGGAGCUACAAGAGUCCCUCCGGCAGCUUCAAGGCCCUAGCAGAGAACCAGCACCUACGGAGGAAGAGUUGCUCAGGCGGCUUCGUCUUGGAGGCCCCGAAGAGAGAGUCCUCGGGAGGCUUAAGCGCAGAGGCUCCCAGGAAGGGUUCGACGGGAAGCUUCAAACUAGAAACACCAAAAGUGAGUCCAUCGGGCAGCACAUCAAGGGAGUCCCCGGGGAGCCGCAUGCUGGACACGUCCCGGUGCUCCAGGAAAGGCUCUUGGGCCAGCCCCACCGGAGGCUCCCCCAACCGCCACAGAAGGAGCCCACAGUGGUCCUCCCCACAGGAAGCCGGAGCUCUCGUGCUAGCCUCGCCAGGAAGCCUCAUGGUGGACCCGCCAUGGAGCACCCGGAAAAGCUCUCUGGGCACCCUGUCGGCCAGGCCGGCGUCUCUGGAGAGUCUCCUGUCGACCUCGGAGCUAGGCGCAGUGGUGCAAGUGUCCCCCGGCAGCGGCGAAACGGACGUUCUCGGCAACUUCAAGAUCGACUCAUCCAAGGAAGGUCACCUGGUGGUGACCCAGAUGAAGGGAUCACCCUCCUCUCAACAAGGUUCUAGUCAGCCAGACAAACUACGCAUUGUCUGCCCUCUGGACACCAAGAUCAGAAUAGAGCUUAAGAUGGACUAACUCAACGCAGUCUCUGAAGAUGAAGAGUGAACGCACGAUCCUGCGGGGAUGGGUAGACUCAGAGCCAGUAAGCUUAGCACUGUUGUGAUGUUGGGUGUGUAUGUGUAUGCGCUGCGAGGGAAUGCUGCUGUGAACAAUAGCACAAACAUACCAACGGCAAGAUAAAUUACCUAUUUCUCAGCUGGGAAAUCCUCAACUUGUAAUGAGGAAUUCCCACACAAACAUGUAGUGUAAACAAAGACCGAACCGGAAAACGGUGAGGAAGUGCAUGCAGUGACUGGAGUGCGUGUGUGAGCCGAGGACCAGCCACCGAUGCACGCUAGUGAGUCAAAACACAUGGUGUUUAUGUGGAAUACCUCUCAUGGACUGCACUGAGAGAGAGAGAGAGAGAGAGAGAGAGAGAGAGAGAGAGAGAGAGAGAGAGAGUUUUCCAGGAAAGACAAACAAUAACUAUCUGGUGCCCUAGAGAAGACAGGCAACAAUAUGAGAUGGAUGGAUUAUGUGCUUGGAAGACUGUACGCAGCGGUCUGGUGAUAAUGAGAGAGAGAGAGAGAGAGAGAGAGAGAGAGAGAGAGAGAGAGAGAGAGAGAGAGAGAGAGAGAGAGAGUCCAUCAGCCCAGCAGCCCAGCAGCCCAUCAGCCCCAUCAGCCGCAUCGCCUGGUCUCUUUCAGGUGCUCCCCUCACUUCCCUUCCUCUCUCGCCCCUCUCCCGCCUCCCUAAGCGCUCCAAUUGAUGUCCCGGAUCGAUGUUUUAAGCGAGUCUGCCUUUGGAUGUGCCCGGACCACUUCCAUGACGCCAGUACGUAGUGGUAUAGAUGUAUCAAAGUGUUUCAUUAAUGUUUCACAGCCAGUUGUUUUUGUAAUAAUAUGUACUAUUUUCAGUGUCGCAGGAGAGAGAGAGAGAGAGAGAGAGAGAGAGAGAGAGAGAGAGAGAGAGAGAGAGCGUGGGAGAGUGUAUUCAUUAUUCAGACAAAAUAUAAUAAAAAAAAGUAUUCACGUGUGGUUAGCGUGGAAUAGAGUCAUUUGUUUAACGCGAUGACGAUGAUCCUAUUAAUGGAAUGUCUUUAUUUUCAGUGUUAGUAUUGACAUUUACAUUCAUUACCACUAGUGUUCCCUCGCCGACACUUCACCUUUUUUGGUACAAGACUUACGCAAUUGUGACCCUUCAAUGUUACUUUUUUAUUAGACAAGGAGAAAGAGGAGAAAGAGUAGGAGGGGGAUGAAGAGGAAUUAGAGGAAGAGUACGAAGAUAAGGACGAUACGAGAAGAGGGGAUAUAAUAUAACAAUGGGUAUUAUUAGAAAGGUCGUUCAGUCUCUAUACAAAGCGUCACCACAACCACAACAAAUACCA